AUGAGCUCAGCAGCGCUCAUGCCGUCAAAACUCCGCCGGUCGUGCAGCCUGCUUGCGGGUGUGUUGCUAAUGUUAGGAGUUGGCUCAACAUACGCCAUGUCGGCGUGGAAUGCGCAGCUUAAGAUCCUGCUGCACUCUACGCAGGCGGGAAUCUCCAUGGUCUCUGCGAUGACAAUGUUAGGAACGUACAUGUCGUAUAUUCCAGGCGCUAUUUUCGAUCGAUUAGGACCAUACACAAGUGUGUUAAUGAGUGGAUUCGCGAUUCUGGUUGUCCAUCUAUCCAUUUUCAUAGUGCUGCAAUUUUCCCCAGAGAGCGGAAGUCCAUUGGGCAUAGGCGCGGCAAUGAUGUUGUUUGGACUUCUUAGCUCCUUCUGCGUCUUUGCAUCCAUGGUGACGAAUGAGUCGCUAUUUGGAGAUGCCAACCGUGGUAAGGUCAUGGCAGUCCUUACUUCAGCUUACAGCUGCGGUGGCGCCUUCUUUGCCUUUGUUUUCCACGAGGCUUUCCACAGUCGUGACGUGCCAGGGUACUUCCUAUUUGUAGGAAACUACCUGCUAGCCGCGUGCGUUUUCGGGUGGCGCGUGUUCGCUUUUCCAAUGCGUGAGGAUAAUAGCACGGACACAAAACGUAGAGUUGAGAGUCUGGAAUUUAAUCUCGGUAGGAGUAGUAUGGAAUUCGAUGGACUAGUAAAUAGUGCAGCUAGUAAUAUGCCCGACGAGAUUACAGGUGUGGCCUUACUGACAGAUAAGCGGUUCUGGAUGCUAUUUUUUCCAGUGAUGAUUGUUGUUGGUGCGGGGCUGCUGAUUAUGUCUAAUGUGUCAUUUAUCGUGGAGUCAUUGGAUGGACCAAUCGAGCAAGUCCCCUUUAUGGUGGCGCUAUUUUCAAUUGUUAACAUGUUUGGUCGUCUCGCAACGGGAGCUGUCUCGGAUCUUCUUCUUGCACGAUAUCCUCGUGCGUACUUUGCUGUCAUCUCGGCACUUCUUACAGCCCUUACGCAUGUGGUCUUCUUGUCUGUCCCACCCAGUUGGCUUGUUUUGCCUGUGGGUUUGGCUGGUUUUUCUGAGGGAGUUAUGUUUGGCUCAUUCCCUGUUAUUAUUCGUGAGGAGUUUGGUGUGCAGAACUUUGGCAAAAACUUUGGUCUCAUAAGUCUCGCUAACUGCAUUGGGUACCCUCUUUUCUUUGGUCCGUUGGCGUCGUACGUGUAUCAGCGCUCAGCAACAACGCAUACCACGAACAGCAUCGAGAAAUGCUUUGGUGGCCAGUGUUUUGGACCCGUGUUCGUCGUGGUCAUCGUGCUCUCAAUAGUGGCGUUUGCCUGUUGCAUACAUUUGGCACGGCUGCAGCGACGUUACAAGUAUGACAGAUAUCAGCACAUUCAGCUUUAA